CGUGAACGAUCACACCAUCCCAAAACGACACCGUGCUAGCCUCCUUAGCCUAAGCGCACUACGCACCCCUCUUCCCCUCCAGAAAACCAACCGGCUCUGCAAAAUUCAAAAGACAAAAACAACUCUCAAAAGGCUUGAAACGAUAAACGGUUUCUGAUGGAGAAACGCACGGUGUUUUUGGUUCUAAGCGUUUCGCUUUUACUUGGAGGUUCGGCGGCGCUUACAUUUUCGUCGAGGUUGAUACACAGGUUUUCCGACGAGGCGAAGGCGCUUUGGACUGCUCGAAACGGUAAUGCAGGUAACGGCGUCGUUUCUUGGCCGAAGAGGAAUAGCUUGGAGUACUUGGAGUUGCUUAUUGGUAACGAUUUGAAGAGGCAGAGGAUGAAGCUCGGCUCGCAGUACCCGCUGCUGUUUCCCUCUCAAGGAAGUGAAACUCUCUUCUUCGGAAACGAGUUUGACUGGUUACAUUACACAUGGAUAGACCUAGGAACACCGAAUGUUUCAUUCCUGGUAGCAUUGGAUGCUGGGAGCGACCUGUUGUGGGUCCCAUGUGAUUGCAUACAAUGCGCUCCUUUGUCUGCCGGUUACUAUAAUUCCUUGGAUAAAGAUCUGAGUGAGUAUAGCCCAUCUUUGUCAAGUAGUAGCAAAAACCUGUCUUGCAGCCAUCUGUUGUGUGAGUCAAGUUCCUACUGCAAAGGGCCGAAUGAUCCCUGCCCCUACAUUAUUGAGUAUGACUCGGAUAAUACCUCAACUUCUGGAUAUCUUGUUGAAGAUAAAUUACAUUUGAAGUCAUUUAGCGGCCAUUCAGAAGAGAGUUCAGUACAAGCUCCAGUUGUAAUAGGCUGUGGGAGGAAGCAGAGUGGUGGCUAUCUGGAUGGAGCUGCUCCUGAUGGUCUAAUGGGAUUGGGACCUGGGAACAUUUCUGUUCCUAGUUUGCUGGCACAAGCAGGAUUGAUUCAGAAUUCGUUCUCAAUUUGUUUAGAUGAGAAUGGUUCUGGAAGAAUUUAUUUUGGUGAUAAAGGGCUUGCCACUCAACAAUCUACUCCAUUCUUACCAAUAGGAGGAAAAUAUGAAAAAUACUUUGUAAGAGUGGAGCAUUUAUGCGUUGGGAGCUCUUGUCUUGUGAAAUCUGGAUUCUCAGCACUGGUGGAUAGUGGCACAUCUUUCACGUAUCUUCCUCCUGAAAUCUAUGAUAAAGUUGUUCUGGAGUUUGAUAAACAAGUAAAUGCCAGAAGGAUUAGCAAUCAAGAAGAUUUUUGGAAGUACUGUUACAAUGUCAGUUCACAGGAGCCGUUCAAAAUUCCUAGCAUGAGACUUAAAUUUGCUAUGAACCAAAGCUUUGACAUUCAUAAUCACAUAUACUCCUAUACUGGAAAUGAGGGAUUCACAAUAUUCUGUUUAACCGUAUUACGCGGUAAAGAUGACUUUGGUAUCAUCGGACAAAACUUCAUGACAGGUCAUGACAUUGUUUUUGAUCGAGAAAAUCUGAAGUUGGGUUGGUCACAUUCCAGUUGCCAAGAUGUGAAUGACAAAUCAAGUGUACAUCUUGCGCCUCCUCCCAGUGGUGAAUCUCCUAUACCAUUGCCAACCAAUGAGCAACAGAGCACCAAUAAUACACGGGCAGUAACUCCGGCAGUCGCCGGAAGGGCUUCCACAAAUCCUUCUGCAGCUUCAUCACUGCAAAUUCCUAACCUGCUCUGUCUGAUGGCUUCAUUGCUAAUUCUAAGGUGUUUACUUUAACCAUAACUAGUUCUCUCUUGUAAAUCCUCCCAAUUCUUGUCAGUUUCUUUUACAACUUGCAAACAUUGUUCACCUUCGUUUAUUUUAAUGAGUGGGGUUGGUAGUAA